UUACAAGCAAUGACUCUCUGAUCAGCUGCGGUGUGACUGACGAUGACUGCGGUUACUGCGAGAUUCUGGACCUGAAGAACAUCUCCAACCUUCUGUACAGAGAACACAUCCAGGUGGGACCUCUGAAAAGCAGCAGCAGGUCAGUCAGCUUUCUGGUGGAUGUGAAGAAGAAAACUCAGGCUGACACUUACAUUCUGACCGCGAUCCAACAAAACACAGAAAAGCCCGAAAACAACAAGUGUGGUAUUAAUCGGCAGACUGUCAAUCUUCAGGAUACAGAUAACAAACAGGGUGGAGGUAUAUUUUCUCUAGCUGAUGGAGCUUCAGGCACACCUGGGAUCAAAAGUAAAGGUGAUGUGGAGUUUGUUGACGGGUUUCAGAUCAAUUCAACCAUCUAUCUGUUCUCCAACAUGCUCUCAGCUCAAACAAACAGAGUCCGUCUCAUUUGGCUCGAAGGGGAAAAAAGCAAAACUGAUACACUCAAGUCUCUGCGGGGCGCAACUCUCAGUGUCUCUGACGGUGACAGCAGCAAACUUGUGGCCUCCUCGGUCAUCCCGGGGGAGCAGCCGGUGCUUUGGAGCGGCGUGUUCAGUGUGGAUGGAGGAGACACCAACACCCAGCUAAUGGUGUUUGACAUCAGCCCUGAUUACAGUAGGAUGCCGACAGAGAUCCAGACUUCUACACCUCUGUGCCAUCAGAAGUGACGCCAAAGAUCCUCAAACCGAAGGCAGUGAUUUUCAGGCAGAGCUACAUGACCUCAGUGCUGGCAGUGAGGCAGAGAGGCUGGAUGGUUUUCUAUAUUGGGACAGGAGACGGACAGCUCAUUAAGCUGUCUGUGGACAGGAACUAUCACGCUGCCUGUCCCACGGUGCUCUACAGGACAAGUGAUGAUCGCAAAGUGUUUCCCAAAUUACAUCUGGAUCCAGUGGGUCAUAAACAUGUGUAUGUGCCAUUUAGAAACCAGAUAAGGCGAGUUCCUGUGUCAAAGUGCAGCACGUACACAAAUGUGCAGGAGUGUUGGUCUGCACAGGAUCCAUACUGUGGUUGGUGUGGCUCUAAAAGCAGCUGCACAUUUGAAGAUGACUGCACAGAUUCAGACUGGCUGUCCAUUCCUGAUGAGUCCCAGCACAAAAUGAUUUCCCACAAAGUUGAAAAGGACACAAACGGACAGAUUUUACUAAAAAUCCACACACACUUGACUGUGGGCCAGGAAGUGUCGUCCAACUUUACCUGUCAGUUCACUGCAAGGUCCAGCUCGAUUUGUGCUUUGAAUAACCCUCCUCCACAGUUCCCACAAUGCACCUGCAUCCUGUCUGAUCGUACACUUACUGCUGAUGGUCUGCAUGUCACAAUAAAAUUCAGACUUGGGACAUCACAGCUGUCAGAACAACUGAGGUUAAACGACUGCUCUAACAUGAGUGGACCACCAAGUUUCAUGUUGUAAGUCCAUUAAUACUAGAAAUGAUUCAACGACUCAGACUGUGGACAGACUAAAGUGGUCCUGAUGUGAUUAACAGAAAGAUCAGACAAUCAAGUCGCAGUUAGAAAUUAAAGAGAACGAAACCUUACUGAUGAAAGCUGGAAAAGUUGAACAAUUGAAUGAAACUGUACGGACAGGAUGGACAAGAGACGAUAGGUCUUGUUGUGGGAAGUCUUUAUACUGGUUUAUUUCAGCAAAGCCAUGAGUUUGCUCAUGGCCCGGAGUGUACUUGAAAACAUAUUUUCAUUAUUAAAUGUUCUCGGCAGUAAACUCCUACAGCGUCCUCAGUUCAGCUGAGCUUUGUUCAGUAGAACUUCUUGGCUGAACAUCUGCUCUCUUCCUGUUAUUCAUUCAGGAUGACGCGGACUGGGUGUUUCUGUUUCUGCAUGAAAAGUAUGGCAGUCUCUUUUCAUUCCCAAAAGUACACGUAGUUGAUUCCUCUUCUUGAAUCCUUUCCUCGGCAUCUUGGUCCCUCCUACCAGCUGUGGCAGCAGAGGAAAUGAGGAAGAGAGAUAUUUAACAAAAUAAGACAUCCUGUCAGUUAAGACAGAAAUGAACCAUAAAGAACUUUAGCGACUGUGGAUGAGGAAUAAGAACUGCUUCAGUGCAGAUUGGAUUGACUGAGCCGA